UAUUUGCUUCGUCUGUCGGCUGCCAUGGAAGGGGACCAUUGUUCCAGGGGGCAUUCUGCUUUUUUACUCAGUCACCCUCACUUGCAUCUCCUUCCUUUUUUUUAUCUUUUAGAGAGAGGGAGGCAUGGUAUCUGAUGCACAUGGUUUCCAAUUGUUUUGAGCUACUGGAGUCGCCAUUUAGCUGGAAAUGGGAGUUUUACAUUCUUCGGCUCUCUCUCUCUGAAGAGUUUGCACUGUUGGAUUGAGAAACUUGGGUUGGUUAGAUCUUUAGCUUGUUGUGUUGCUUCUUCAUGUUCAUCCUGUAGUUCUUCGACAGCUUCACUGCCUUCAACAUUGGGAGUGAGAAACAGUUCCGGUGCUUUUCAAUUGGAUACAAGAACCCAGGAACACUUCCUUCAGCUAAAAGAAUGCAAAGCCAGCUGCUGUCGUCAGAAGCACAAUUACUCAGGUCAAUUGAUCCAGUCGAUCUUCAAGCAGAGGAGGAUUGUGUGAUGGAGAAGAGACGUUUGAUGAAUUGUCAAGACGAGAAAGAGAAUGACUUGCAUGGCCUCGCAUGCAGUAGAAGCCAAGGACUCUCACUGACUCUUGGCUCUCACCUCCCAUCCAACACUUUUGGUGCUUACAGAUAUGAACAAGUAAAAAAUCACGAAUCAUGCACCACAUAUGAAGCCAUGAGGGAGGAUCUGAAAGAGUUCGAUCGCGCAAGAUCACAUAGGUCGCCAGCAGUCGACUACAUUUUCUCCAAAGGAGAAACCUGUGGCAGCUCCACUUACAGGAAUCUGACAUCAAUGACCUCUUUGCUUCAGCGUUCUAAGUUUUUGUACCCUGCUCAAGAGCUGCUUAGUGAGGUUGUAUCUCUAAGGAGUGCUGUUGAUCCAAGCUAUGAUGAAGAAUUAAGGAAAGUCAAGUCUUUUGGAGUGGCAAAUAGGAAUGGUGGUGUUUGCUGUUCAUCUGCCGACAAUCCUGAUACUGAUGUUCGAGUUCUCAAGCUUGUUGCUUUGUUGGAUGAGCUUGAAGGCAGAUACCAGCAGUACUUCCACAGGAUGGAGCAAGUGAUAUCAUCUUUUGAGAUGUUUGCAGGCAGUGGAGCUGCUGCAUCGUAUACUGCUCUCACAAUCCAAGCUAUGUCCCGGCAUUUCUCUAACCUCAGAGACACAAUCAUCACUCAGAUUCAUGCUUCAGGAGUUCUCCAAGAACAUGACCAACCAAGGGAAGCACAAAGGCACCCUUUCAUGCACACACUGGCUGAUGAAAGCCUUAGACAGAAUAGAGAAGCUCUUCAGAAACUGGGUAUCAUUCAAAACCAACAAGUCUGGAGGCCUUUGAGGGGGCUCCCUGAGGACUCAGUCGCAGUCCUUCGAACUUGGCUAUUUGAAAACUUUCUUCACCCCUACCCUGAUGACAAAGAGAAGCUCAUUCUGGCUGCAAAGACAGGCUUGACUAAAAACCAAAUCUCGAACUGGUUCAUAAAUGCUCGGGUGCGGAUAUGGAAACCAAUGAUAGAGGAGAUGUACAAGGAGGAAUUUGCAGAGCACUCUGGAAACUUAAGCCCAUCUUAGAGCAAUGAAGGAGGAUUCCUACAAAAUGCUGAUGAAGUUUUACCUAUCCAUCUCAAGUUUGUUCAUGCAUGGUCUCUUUGUGCUGUCCGAGUCUCAUGAUGCUGCUUGUUCAUAUUCCCCCCCCUUUUUUUUUCGUGAGGAGAUCAGUGUUUGUGUCAAUCCAUAUAUGAGUUGAUUUAACUGUUGAUCAUUGAAGAAAAGUUGCACAGUUAAGCUUU